AUGUCUAACCAAAAAACGAGAAAGGCAUCACUGCCUGGACGAGAAGAUUACAUUUAUAGCCAUGAGAUUCCGAAUGGAAAAUCGGAAGAAAAGGUCAACGGCGCCUCGAAAUACCCCGAGCCUCCGGAGACUGACGACGACGAAACAAUGAAAGGCAAAGUGAUGGACUUUUGUGACAAAACGACGGCUCACGGAGCCAAGCGGGUCCUUAUUGCGCGGAACCAUUUUUCGAGAAUGAUGUGGGGACUGAUCAUAUUCUCGUUCCUGUUGAUGUUCGCGUACCAGGCUAGCAAACUGAUCAUAAAGUUCAAUGCCCACGAAAAAAUCACGGACAUUUCGGUCUUUCAGAUUUCAAAUGUGGGGUAUAAAAGUGUAAUUUCAGCUGAAAUUCGACGAUGUCGAGUUCCCCGCAAUCACAUUUUGCAAUCUGAAUCCUUACAAAAAGAGCCUUGUUAUGAUGGUCCCUUCAAUUCGCGAUACGGUAGGUUUCCAGCGCCUUGUGGAGUCUACUUGUUGGUGUGCGUGUUUCUGUCCGUCUCUUUCUUUUCUUUCCACCCUCCCACGCCUGUCGAAAGAAUAGUGACCAGCGAAAGUCGCGAGGUGUCCGUCCAUGCAACGUAUAUAGUCGGCAUAGGCUACUAGCUCUCGUACUCUCAUACGGGUGUAUUACGGGUGCCUGGAAUGAUUGAAAGAUUAACCAAUUUUUUUGGCUUCGGCCUGUCCCUCUAAGGGACGAACAUUUUAAAACUUCCAGAUGGACGUGUAUGACAACGCCAAGUCGCAUAGUAAAUCGGCAGAAGAGAAGAAGAAAAAGCCAAAGAUUUCGAGAAAACAGCACUCGGACGCAAGCCAACAGAUGGUCAGAGAGUUGUUCGCCAAAGAAAUCGAAGAGGGAAUGGUGGAACUGAAAAGGUCGAAUGCCACGUUGCAAAUGACGAAUGCCUCUAGAAACAUGACGGGUCGCCGGAGAUCUCAACGAUCUGUAAGUGGAAAUUAGAAAUAUAGGUGUAAAAUUUUAUUUGCAGGUGGAAACCAGAAGAUAUGAAGCGAUUGAGGCUCAUUGUAAAUGCGUGGGUAACUUGGAAAUGGAAUGUAUUCGCUUUGAAUCACCCCCGAGAGAUCCGGUAUUUUAAAGCUUUGAAAUUUCGAAUUAUCUGUUCCGUUUUCUUUUUUAGUCAUCCAAAUGUGUGUGCACUUUCGAUAGAGAUAUGGAAGUUGCCUGGCCAUGCUUUAACAUCAGGUACAUUUGGAUACUCUUCUGUACGUAAAUAUUGUUGUUCUCAGUGUCUGGUACGAUCAUGAAUGUCCCCUUUGUCAUGAUGAUGGCUAUUGCGAAGCCUCUCUUCCACAUGGCAUCACUUCCUCCGACAAGUGGCCAUGCAUGUGCAGAAAUCGUGGCGAUACUUCGGAAAAGGACGAUGUGAGUUCGAAAUUUGAAAAACUGUUCUCAGCUAAUUAGACUUUCAGCCGCUUGAACUUGUUUAUGGAUUCCGAAAGGUACUAAAUUGGGUAAAAUGAAAGAUUAGGCACUUUCCUCAUUCUGUUCGGGUUUUUGAUACUGAUUUUGUUCAGUUCCGUUUUAUUUGCUGAUCUUUACUCUCCACCAUCGUUUUCAGUUCACUGAAACUUACCAAGUUUCUCCCGAAGUUUCAGUUCCAACACGCUCUUCUAGAUAAUCAGUUUCAGUGUUCCGUGCUCAAAUAAAACGUUUCAUUUCAGACGCCUUAUUGUAUUGGCAAAGCUGGUGCAGGUCCGAUUGAAAUUCGCAAACUUUGGCUCGAGAAUAACAUGACCACUACUACGACCACAACUCCUCUUCCAAGUAUGUUCGCAUGACUACAUAGCUCCUUGUACUGAUUAUUGCUCACACUUUCUGUUGAUUUUUGCACCGAUCCGAUUUUGCACGUUUUUCAAUAUUUUUGCUGACUUUUCAGCGACCACUACCAGAAGAACGACAACUACGACCACAACGACGACGACUACACCUCCUCCGACCACGAGUAAGUUUGCUUGAAUGGCAAAAAGCUUAUCGAUAACGUCACCAUACCUUGUCCAAAUGUGCACUCAACUUUCGCAGCUUCUACUUCUACUACUACUAGUACUCCUCCUCCAACUACGACCACGACGACUCCUCGACCAACGACAACUAGUACAACCACAACCACCACCACCACAACUCCAGCUCCCACCACCACUACCACCCCCUUUCCAAGUACAGUCUUCUUCUUCUGGUAUCCUCUCUUUUUAAACUUUUCAGCACAUUUUUUUGAUUUCCCCUGCAUGGAUCGUUUUCCAAAUUUUAUGUUUAUAUGUGCACAUUAUCUGUUUCUAUGUCUUUCAGAAUGAUUUAUGAAUUUCUAGAGUGUAGUGCAGUGCAAAAUUUCGGUUCAAUCAAAAGUGUUAUUCUCUUCAGCCCCUCCGUCUCGUCCAAAUCAGAGGCCCAUCGUCAGUAACCCGGAGACUAUCAAAGCUAUGGGCUUCCAAGUGAGAUUUUGAGAAUAAAUAAUGAUUUUAGUUAAAACUUGCUUAGGGUAUGACUGAUGGCGUGGCAAUGCUAACGAGGGCCAAGGAAAAUCUCAUGUUCACAAUGGCUGCAUUGUCCGACAAACAGAGAAUUGCAUUGAGUCAGUCGAAACAUGAGUUUAUCGAAAUGUGCUCGUUCAAUGGAAAAGAGUGUGACAUCGACGAGUGAGUACUUUUUAUUCGUACUUUAUUUAAAAUAGUAACUGCACUUCCAGAGACUUCCGCCUUCAUGUUGACCCUGAAUUCGGAAACUGCUUCACGUUCAACUACGACGUCAAUAACAACUACACGAGCAGCCGUGCCGGACCAAUGUACGGAAUCCGCGUUCUCCUUUUCGUAAACACUUCCGACUACAUGUCAACUUCCGAGUCCUCCGGAGUUCGCCUCGCAAUCCAUCCACCGACCGAGUGGCCGUUCCCGGAUACGUUCGGUUAUUCUGCACCAGUUGGUUUCGCAAGCAGUUUUGGAAUCAAGAAGGUGGAAUAAUCAGACGUUUGAUGACGUAACUAAACAUUUUUUGUCCAGAAAGUAAUGCAAAGACUGCCGGCACCUUAUGGGGAUUGUGUGGAAACUAAAAAGGUUACCGAUGGAAACUACAUUUACAGUGGAUAUGAUUAUCAGCCAGAGGGAUGUCACAGAAGUUGCUUCCAAAACGGACUCAUCGAUGAUUGUUCCUGUGGAGAUCCCAGAUUUCCUGUUCCAGAAGGAUACAGGCACUGUUCCGCGUUCAAUGCAACCGCCCGUAAGUACCAGAUAACAAACUAUUCACAUUUCUCAAGUUUUUCAGGUGCGUGCCUGGAAAGGAACAUUGGAUCAGUCGGAGACUUCCAUCAUAUCACUGAAAAAAUGGACAAAUGUGUGUGCAAGCAAUCAUGCGAAGAAAUAAUCCACGAAGUGACCUUCUCGUGCUCCAAGUGGCCAUCCGGUGCUACAGACGUAUGUACACUUACAAACCAACCGCUUCCUCAUAGAAUUAAUCAUUUUUUGCUUAACUAAUCCAAACACUUUUAGGCAGAACGUGUAAGUUGGCACAACGGAGAGUGAACAACUGGUGGUUUAGCGUAAAAUGUUCUGAAUGGUUCCUAACAUGUUCUAACCUUUCGGUUUUCGUUAUAUUUUUUCCCCUUUAGUAGUGUUGUUUUUUUCAAUGUUCCGGGAACUUGCUCGAUUGCAAAGUUCAUCAGUUUGAUAUUUAGUUUUCAUUUGAAACACACUCAAUCCUUUUUAACUGCACAUCACUUCCAUUCUCUUCUCGAUUUUCAACAUUUUCCCCAAACAUUCACACUUCACACACCCUUUAGUUUCGAAUGCAACAAUGCAGCAACCUUUUUUAUUCAAAAAAUGCACGGUUUUCAGCUCGGAGACUGCGAAGGAAUGACUGAAAGCGAAUGCGAGCAAUAUUAUCGCCUGAAUGCUGCUAUGAUUGAGGUGAGAAACAAGUGCAAAAAGUUUCGCUCCCGGGUGGGCUCGAACCACCAACCUUUCGGUUAACAGCCGAACGCGCUGCCUAUUGCGCCACGGAAGCGGAUGAGAGCCACUCGGUGUUUUCCCAGCAAGUACUUGACCGAGGCCUUUUUCCGGCCGACUCGCUCAUCGGCCCAUAGAGAAAAGAAAGAGAGAAGGAGAGAGAUAGCGAAACGUUUCGCUGCGUUGCGGUCGCGUAGCGGUUUCUUCGUGUUGGCCAUGAACGAGAUGAAUGAUCAGUGAUGCGCACAAAGCAAACGAUAUUGAUAACCACCGAAACCGAAAAAUGGUCAACAAGCGAUAGUAUCUCAAAAAUGCGGAAGAAAAAUCGAGUUUCUAUCCGUUUUUGCAGGUUUUCUACGAACAACUGAACUAUGAACUGCUGCAAGAGUCCGAGGCGUACGGACUUGUGAACCUUAUUGCCGAUUUUGGAGGUCAUUUAGGACUGUGGCUUGGUAAACAAUUUCAGCGAAAAUAACCUGCGAAACGGUGAAAAUUCAGGAUUUUCCGUGAUCACAGUCAUGGAAGUGUGUGUUCUGAUUGCCGACAUGGUGUCGUUGUUCUUCAAAUCUCGGCACGAGAAGAAAUUGUUGCGUGAGAGCACGAGACGGAAGGAUGUGCCGGAGGACAAGAAGAAUAUCACAGUUGCUGCAAGCAACAAGUCGGACGCACUUGUGUCCAUUUAA